ACAAAGAAAAUAACCGACCUACGAACACCGAUCCGAACCGACCGUUGUGCACCCGCUAAAGCCGGUAGAAAAAUCAAGAGUUGGACUAUCUGGACGAACAAUAAUCUAGGACCCCUUAGUCAAACUGGUUGUCGCCCUAGGAUCCGCAUCAUUCUUGUGGUAGAAUCCUCUUCGACUCGCAGGUAUCUGAAGUUUCUAACACUUCCAGGAUUUGAGAGCGGGAAACUUCCUUUAUACUAAGAAGAAGACUGUAACUUUAAGCAACAAUGAAAGCUGAAAAGAUGUGUGAUUCUUCCAUCUCUUCUGCCCAUCAUCCUCUCGUUCUUCGCCUUCAUGAAACCCUAACUAAUUGCUCCAAAAUCCUCGCUGAAACCGGAGAUAUCCCUAAAUCAGUUGCGAAUGUUGUUGGAUUUCUUAAUUAUAUUUUGGACGAUGUUGUAUCCGAUCCGGAGAAUGAAUCUUUCAAGGAAAACACACUUUUGGUUCUCACAGAGCUCAAUCUUUGUAUUUCUUCGCCUUCUUUGGAUGAGACAGUCCUCGAUGCACUUUCUUUUGAGCUUCCAGAGGUGGUUGCACAGUUUGCGUUCAUUUCAGAUAAGUGUAGAGAAAUGGUGGAAAGUGUUACCAAUCACAUAGUAUUGACUUCUAAUCCUCGUGAUAUGCUUGCGAUUCUAUGCGAGGCACUAGACUCCCAUUGUAAGGUGUUCCAGGAACCUGUUUAUUUCACUCCUCUUUUGAGUGGGCUUGCAAGAGUAUUUCGUCGCAUUGAAAGGCGCAAAUUUGAGCAGAUAAAAGUGGCACUGCCCGUGGUCCUCAAUGUUCUAAAAUCUGUGGUUGCUGAGUCUGAUAAUGAAAAAGAUGGUCAAUUUGAGGAGUUGUUUGCCAGAGUGUUAAACAUUGCCACCUCAAUGCAAGAAGUUUCCCAACAGAUGGAGGCCAAAGAUAAAGAGAAGCUCAAAUCUCUGCUUGGCUUAUUUGUCCUGGAGAUGAUGGCAAUUUCACAUAUUCUGGCUGGUGUAGAAUUAAACUGCAUUUCAUUGGUUGUACAACUGUCACGUUUCCUUCCUUUAUGUGGUUUUCCAUAUAUUGGUCUUAUAACUGGAUCUGUUCUCGUAAAUGUUACCAGCAUCGUUUGUGGAGAGGAUGAUGACAAUUAUAUGAAAUCUUUCCCCCUCAUCAAGCAAGGAGCAUCUAUUUCAGUCAUUUGGGCCCAUAUAUCUGAUGAGGUUGGGACAGCUGCUGAAGAGGAUCUGUCUGUUAUCAAGCAUAAGCUUCAGAGUAGCAGAACCAAGAGGUGGCAAGCUGUAGGCAUGCUAAAGUAUCUGCUCUCAUCAACUGAUCAGCCAUGCGAAGUAAAGAACCAUGCGAUCGAGUUCUUAUUGAGUAUUUUCAAUGGAAAAGCCUCUGAAAUAUGUAACGACGAAGAGGAAGAAUGUUCUUCCUACACUCCCAGUCUUUUGGCUGCUCUACAGGCUAUCCAGAGAGUCAUCAUAUUUACCUCAGGAGCACUGGUACGGAAUAAAGCCUUUUCUGCUUUUAAAAUGGUACUUGCUGAUAUUCCCAGUGAUCAAAGGUUUGACAUCAUAAAGGCUCUGAUCAUACUCAACACCAACGCCCCUUCCAUGAUUGGACUUCUUCUGGGUCUUGUUAAAGAGAUGGUAUACGAAGAUUAUCAAUUAGUGAGAGAAGCAGAAAAAAAACACCUUAAAUUUCCUUUUUGGAACUUUAAUGUCCUUGAAUUGUUGGAGUUGGUCUUAAGACCUCCAAAGGGAGGGCCUCCAUCCCUUCCUGAGCAGAACGAUGCGGUCUCAGCUGCUCUCACUGUGUACAGAUUUCUUCUGAUGAUUGCAUCAAAAGCGUUGCAGGUGGUCAGCACGUGCGUUUCCAGUGAUAAAGGAAAGAGAUAAAUCCACUCGGUGACGUUCCCGUAGGGAAAUUUUUUCCCAUCAUCUCCUUUUUAUUUCCACUUUUUUUUUUCUUCUUCAAUAAUAGCGAAACAAAAAGCACUUGCAUUUCCCCCUGGUUAUUUCUGAUAAAGGAAAAACAUUACAGACUAGAUAGGGAAGCAGCCAUCCAUGAUCGGAUCCUGAAUUGGUCUUCCUCUAUUUGCCAAGUAGGCUAAGUCACGGUGUUUUUUGGAAUGUAAAUCCUUACACGAAACAUUACUGAAACUAUGAAAUAAACUCAAAAGAUUGUCCAGAGCUAGGUUUCUCCUCCAAUUAGUAGUUCUUCUGAAACCUUGCAGAUCUUGGAGUUGUUUCCCAGUAAGUUAAACUCCUUGCAGUUGAGAAAAGAAGCCCAUUCAAGUGUCUGAGUUGCCGCUAUGCAGUCCCCCUUCCUCUUUGCUAAGAGCUCUGACAGUGCUUCUUUUACCAAUUGUUCUCCCUCUUUGAUCAUAAAUUAUAGAGCCGAUACCCGUGAGUUCAGUAAUACUGUCAUAGUGAGUAUUAAAAACAAAAGUAAACUAGUUUCGGUUCAACAGAUUGUGGUUUUGGGAUUACCGGGGCCAUAGUUUUGAGGGAUGCUAUGGGGGUUGUUAGAGUUUGCUUGAAGAUGGUUAAGGAUUUGGGUACCAGUAUGCGAGGGAUUAGGGGUAAUUUCUUGGAAUAUCUUGGAAUAUCCAGUCGCAUCUGGCUUUCCAGACGAACCAAGAUAUGAUAGAGCAGAUUUCAGGCCAGUCACAUAGGGGAGUGCCAGUUUGAUUAGUGUAGAACCAUGAUUCACACCUGCUAGAGCAAGUCUGAUGAGAAACGGAUGCUGUGCCAAGUUUUACAGAUGAGAUCGACAUGGGAGAUGAAUUUAGAGAGGUGACUACUAAAUGGGAGUAAGUUGGAGUAUAAUUUCUAGGCGAAGUGUUGAAUUCUGGGAAUCGAUUUGGUGUUCCAGAUUUUUGUCGCCGUUUUAUCAAUAGGUUGAAGAUCUUUGUUAUCCAUAACCUGAUACAUGGAUUUAGGAGUGAAAACACCCUGAUCUGAGUGAUUUCAUCUCAAGGUAUCAGACCAACUAGUAUUAGGAGAGAUUCUAAGAACACUCCUAAUUUGAGUGGGAUUCAAGAAAGGGUUAAGAAGCUGAAUAUUCCAGA